ACGCGCAACAUCGGGUAGCAAUCGGGGUGCGGUCGCGGGGGCGGAAGAAGCUUGCUCUCUCGCGAAGGCGGUACACAACGUGUCUCGCGUACACACAAUAGUAUAAUCAUUAACAAAAACAAUAAUAACAGUAGUAGUUGCGGUGGUGGUAGUAGUAGUAGUAGGAGUAGUACUAGUACCGGUGACGGAGUGACGCGUUUAUCACAGUUCGAUUUGCUGUCACGAGCGUAGCACGUUCGUGUAGAGGAUAUUAUACAUAUAUAUCGAUUGGCGAACAUGCACGGGCCGCCGGUGAUCGGGCCGCGGAGCUUUUGCAGCUGGAGCACGCUUGUUUCCCUCCGCUUUCGCUUUUCCGUAACGCGUAACCGCUCUUCCCUUCCGCCCGUCCGCACUUCCGCUGCAACCAUCUCUUAUCGUUUACCGCCACCGCCGCCGUUGCCGUUAACGUCAACGCCGCGUUCCAAGCGACCGGGGAUUGUACGCGCACGUCCGCGUCGUCGUUGUCCAUUUCUCGUUAUCGUUGUCGUUCGCUCGCACCGUUACGACGGCACAGGUGAAGGGUUACCCUGGCCGCGACGUGCCCAUCCACCGCCAGUCACCACCCUUCCCGCACAGGGCAGCAGCAGUAGUCGGUCCGGCGUCGUUAUAAUUCGUCGUCGACACCGGGCGCGCGCCGCGUGCGCCCGUAUUCGUAAACGUUUUUGCCGACCUCGAGCGGCGUACCAAAUUGCGCGCGGGACCCUUGUACCGCGGACGCGUUCGCCGUCGCCGGGACGCGCGUGCACGUCUGGACUCCGCCGCGCCGCUCUGCACACGAACAAUUAUAAAGAUGGAGCAACAAUAUACUGUUACGACAACGUCCACAGCAAUAGACGAGACUUUGUUUGAAUAUAAAGGUGGAUUGGCUGACGAUUUGAAAUUUCUUGCGGCCAUUCCAGAAGUUUGUGACGUUACAUUUUUAGUUGGAGAAACACGAGAACCGGUGUGCGCAGUCAAAGCAAUACUUGCGGCCAGAAGCCGAGUGUUUUAUAAAAUGUUAUACGACACGAGUGGCAAACAAAUACAACACCAACACUCAGUUGGGAUUGGCUCAUCGAAACGAAGUGGAGGCUUAAUUAAGCAGUUAUCUAGUGCGGCAAGCGGGAGUCAAAGUCCUCAACAACAAAACAGACUAAGAAUGCUAUUGAAACGGAGUUCAGAACCAUUGUUAAUAUUUCAACACAAUCAACAGCAGUAUCAAUCACGGCAACAACAAAAAUCACCACCAAAUAGGAAUAGUAUUAAAAACAACAGUAAAAUGUCGUCUACCGGAACCAACACAUCAACAUCUUGGUCGAAGUACAAGCGAGGAAGUUCUGCUGGAACAACAUCGAUAGUAAAUAAUACUUCGACGAGUGUGACAUCUUCGACAGUGAUUGUAAUUGAAGAAUUCGACGCCGAUGUUUUUCGACAGUUAGUUGAAUAUGUACAUACAGGAUGUGUGACAUUACAACCACGAACGUUAUUAGGAGUACUAAACGCUGCUGACUGUUACGGGUUGGAUGAGUUGCGAGCCGCGUGUACGGGUUUUGCCGACACCGGUGGCGGUAUAACCGUGGACACGGCGUGCGCGCUUUUGGCGUCCGCUGAACGUUACAUUCACUACAAGUGCACCAAAUCGCUGGUGCAAAAAGUGCUCGAGUUCGUAGAUGAGAAUGGUGGACGCGUGCUUACCCUUGGAUCGUUUACUUUACUGCCGCAACAUGUUGUCCGACUUAUACUAUCACGGGACGAGUUACGAGCAGAUGAACUGACGAAAUUCCAGGCUGCGCUGAUGUGGGCGAAAAAAUGUGCUGCUGAUGCUGCCGAUAAUAAUAAUCCCGAUUCCGAAGAAGCAGACUGGCGUUCGUUAUUCCGGGAACAUUUCGCGCCCAUCAUCCAGUACCACAAGAUUGCAGCCAGGGUGAUUUUGGACGAAAUCAUGCCGUUGGGUGUGGUUCCCGACAGGGACCUUUUGUCGGCACUUGCCUAUCAGGCUGAUCCGAACAGCGUGCGGUUGGAGUCCAUAAGCGGGACUGCGGACCGAGAUCAGUUGCGGUGCGGUAGACGUCGCACGCGUUCCAUGUCGGUACAAAGCGGCGGUGCCGGUGGCGCUGGCGACGACGACGAGUCAGGUUACCAUCAGGUAAACGUGGCCGCGGGCCCGUCGAUCGCAUCGGUGGCCGGCGUCGGGCAAACUGCACCGGCCACGCCGACGUUGAGCAGCGGUGGCAGCGGCGGUAGCGUGGACACGGCGGGACAGCAGCAGCGGCCACCGCCGCCGCGGCGCAGGCGACGUACGUCAUCGAUUGCGCACCAACAACACGGGUCGCGGCCGCAGCAAAAACAUCACCAUCAUCACCGUUAUUAUCCGCUCAACCGGUCUUCGGACUCCACCAACAGCCACAGCUGUUACACGAGCGACGACGAUUCGGCGGACGAUUUGACGUCCUCCUAAAUGGCAGGAUCACAUAUAUACACAUAUAAAUCUAAGGAUUACGCAACAUCAUCCCAUUUUCGUAACGAUACUUUUAUGCAGACAGUUCAACGAGAAAUUAUGACUGCGACGCUCAUCCUAUUGCGAACGUCUAUCGAAAGGCCCGGACAAGUGGUUGGGCGAUGGGGCAGGACGAUUUUUUUUUUUUUUUAUGCGCAGUCCUACUCUCUCGUUGAACCAGCUAUAGGCGAGUACUAGUCGGACACGACACAAGACAGUAACGCAUACUCCUGCUCCGUAUAUCCUUUCUGCUCCGUAUACUCCUCAUCGUGCUCCCCCGCGUAUUGUUUCAUGAUAACACAGACCAGACUGGUUCCCGGUAUAUAUUAUAUACGUAUUCGAUUUUAUUAGGCAUGCGACAUCGUAACGACCGAUUUUUUUUUGUGAAUAUAUGAUGAUCAUGAAGUAUGCGUUUCGACGGUUGACCGGUCAAACAAAUUUCCAUUUUUUUUUCAUACUUUGAAAAAAUGUUUAUUUUAUACAUUAACUUCGUUUUAUGCAGUGUAUGCAAUUAUAGUAUAAAUGGUUGGUAAUCUUUACGCAAUCGCUGUUCAUCGUCCUUGCUAAAAAUAAUCCUACUUUCCUAUUUAUAUAUAAUAUUAAUUUAGGACUCGGAUCUAAUUGCACUAAAAUCUAAUAGGAACCAAUUGCUGUAAACCUGGUUACCAAGUAAAUUGAUAUAAGUUUCAUUAAAUAAUUAAAAAUAUUGCGAUAAAUUGUUAUUUUGUGGGAGUAUUUAAAUUUACUGUGGUACUUACUUUACAACGGUAAAACCACAAAUGAUCCAUUGCGUCAUUUUGGCUUUUUUUUUGGAACAUUAAUUAUUAUAGUCAUUACUUAUUACUUGGUUAAUGAGUUAUUUAUUCGAAAUAUAAUAUUUAAAUAAAAUUGACGAAUGACUUUUACAAAUUAAUAAUUUCAAACGAUUACGACAGGUAUUUUUAUUUUCUAUUUGUUCUCUUAAAAAAAACGUAAUAAACAAUUUAAAUAACCUAUUUAGUAAGACGUAAAUACUUGUUGGAUAAAUAUUAUUUAUGGCCUCGUAUUAUUAUUUAACCGUAUACACCGUAAAGACACUACGAAUAGGGAUAUUUUAACGUCACCUUCUAAAUUACAGACAUACAUCGAGUGCCGUGUUUUGGCCGGAGUCUUACAGCCGUGCAUCUUCUAUCGACGCGAAGCGUUAUUCAAGAGGCGCACUGGUACAGACCUAAAGUUUCCAUUGGGUCUAAGUCGUAAAAGGGACCACAGUAUCGAACCUGAGCCCGUACCCUUGUAGAGCAUGGACACGAGAACCGUGUCGGAUCCCGUGGUUUUGUUUACUAUUCCGACUCAUAGACACCACAUUGCAGCCGAAGUAGGCACCUUAAUCUCGGAGAGGAGGAUCAUUGUUUCCGGAGUGACAAGCCGGUUCGGCGUACAAUAGGGCUCCACCCUUCCUUGAUGUCAACUAGGUUACAUUGGUGCGUCAACCCGGGUCCUUCCCAUUGUUUUGGCCACCCGAGCUGGCUAGUGGUGGUCCGUGUAUUACAGCCAUACGUAUAUUUAUCUGUAAUGAAUUGAUCGAUACUAUUACUGAGAUUAAUCAACUAUCCUAGUGUAUCAACUGUUAUACCAGUGGCGUAUUUGAGGGGUCAGGGAGAUGAGAGCGAUCGUCCCUAGCAUAAAUUGAUAUGUUUGUUUAAGGGUUUGCUAUAUAUUUACUAAGAUAAAAUUACAAAACUUAUAAAGAAACAUAGCAUUUUUGAUUUAGCAAGAUAUUCUUUUGUGGAACAUUAUUUUAAAUAAACAUUGUUUUUUAGUACCAAAUGUAUGCUGUUUGGUAAUUUCAUGUGUCUAAGAUCUUAACAUUUUUAGGAAUUUUUAAAAAUAAUAUGUAAAUUUAAAAAAAUAAUUACUUCAAUUUGGUUAAAUAUUGUUUUAACUCCCAGGGCACAUUUAGGAUUUUUUUUUAGAGGGGAUAAAAGGAAUAUAGUCCCCCUCUUUUCGAGUGAGUUUUUAUUUACCCCUAUCCUCCAUCAUAGACUCAAGCCAGAUAUGCUACUGCGUUAUAAGGAUAAAUAAUGGUCAAUUUAGUGGUUCUGCGUGUAUACCUAAUACAAAUAAACAAAUAGCCACUAAAACAAAUUGUAACCGAAUAAAUAGGUUUUUAUUUUUUAUGCGAAAAUUCAA